GUGUGUUUCUCUCUUUUUUUGAAUAUAUGCUUUAUUUGUAAUGUAUUAAUUCGUUUUUUAUGAGUUUUUUCGUGUGAAACAAGCUCAUUUUCAACACCAUAUCCUCCCGGCGAAACUCGUGUCCCAACACGUUGUCAGAAAGGGGGUGUGUGCCUAGAAAUGAACGACCAGCCAAUCAGAAGUCGGACCCGCCCACAUUAUGGCGCUUGUUUACUACUCAUACUAGACUGUGAUUGGCUGGAGAGCUUUCAGCAAAGUCCGGCUUUACGCUGCGUUUAGGGGGAUCUAGUGGGGUAGGACGAUGAAGAUUCAUGAUGGAAAGUAGUAAACAGGAGGAAGAAUGGAGGAAGAAAGCACAGGAAAGAAAGGGCCAAAACUAGACUUAUAUCGAAUAAUUUGAUCAGAAAUACAUAUUAACAUAGUUCCAAUGAUUGCUGUUUAUUGUUUUUUGAUACUUCUUCGAGAUUACCGACUUUGUUAAACGUUGCAGGGCGGCAUGCGUUCAAAAUGGCUGCGCAGUCAAUAAAGAGGCAACAUAAUCGCUAUUUAAAACCCUAUAAAGGCUACGUAUUUAUGUAGAACUAUUCAGUUACUCUUCAUUUUAAGGAAUUCAUUGAAUGUUCAACCGUAACAAACUGCAAGUCUUGAUGCUCAACCAAGCAGGCAUAAACAAGGAAAAGUCCAAGGAAUUGUACACGUUUGGAGACAUUUCUCUGGGAGGUUUGACUCUGCUGAGUCUCCUCACUGUGCAGCAGCACCAUGGCAGCUAUGAGACCCAGCGAUGGAAGUCCAGCAGGACCCGGCGGAACCGGACUGCGGGCGUAUGUCUCCGACACGCAUGACGCAAUCAGGCCGCCCGACGUGCAGCAGCACCCUGUGAUGUACACGCAGAACUGUGUCCAAGAUCCAUUUGCGGAGAGAGGCGUUCACAAGAACAACGCGUCGGUUCCUUUGCACGGUGAAGGCUGGAACAACCUGCGAACGAGGACCCUAGCGGCGGACCAAUCAGCUAGCGGAGAACCCCCGUACAGUAUGCGCAGCCCAGAGUCCGUGGAGAUGGAUGAAAUCAUGGCCGCCAUGGUCCUAACCAGUCUGUCCUGUAACCCCGUGGUCCAGAGUCCCCCACAGACCGAAACUGCAACAGCGGGCUGCUCAUCAUCAGCCGACAUGGAGUGCGGCGGAGGCGAGCUGUCCGACAGCGGCAGCAGCGGCUACUGGAGCUGGGAUCACGGCAACGUGAGCCCGGCCCCUUCGCCGUCCGUCCCCGAGAUGGACAACAGCCCGGACGAGGGCUUGAACAUGGAGUUAGAACAAGGGGAGGAGCUUCAUGCCAAAAAGCCAAAGAGCUCUUUCAAAGGCUUGUACAAGUGUCUGUGGCCCAGUUGCGGCAAGGUGCUCACGUCUUCGGUCGGAAUCAAACGACACAUCCGCGUGCUGCAUCUGGGCAGCGGGUCGGAUCAGUCCCAGAGAGAAGAGGACUUUUACUACGCCAAGAUCUCCUGCGAGACGGUGGACGCCAAUGUUGCACUACUUCCUUCCCAGCCGGCUCCGGGCCAAACGUCCCCUCUCAGCUGGGCCCCGGCCCCGUGCGCUUCUCCGCCCGCUCUGGGGGUUCAGAUCCCGCCUGCUCACAGGCCCAGGUCCAACUCCAGCUCCGGCCCUGGGGCAAGCAGGCCCAGUCCGCUCAGCCAGUCUGCCCCCAGCAGCUUCUGGCAGAUUCACACAGAGCAUCUCUAUCAGGCCUGCAGCCCCGUCCAAACCGGUCCACCGGUGGCCCCGAGAAGUCCAGGGUGCCACGGUUUGACCACCCCCACCUCGGUUGCAAGCCACAGUAACGCUCCAAUGGCGAAACCUCGCUGCCGCUCUGUCAGUGUUGGAGAACAGUGGCUCCAACAGAACCGGCUCCAGACGAUGAGCGCGGCGUCGCCGUCCCGCGCCCACUGCUCCUUCAGGAAAGGGCGGGGGGAAGCCAAAAAGUGUCGGAAGGUGUACGGGGUGGAGCGUAAGGAUCAAUGGUGCACCGCCUGCCGCUGGAAAAAAGCCUGCCAGCGUUUCCCCGACUAAAGAAGGGGAAACCAGCGUAUAUAUACUUCUAUAUCUAUAGCGUAUAUAUACUUCUAUACAUAGCUUAUAUACAGUUGUGUCCAAACGUUUACACCCCCCCUGCAGAAUUUAAGAAUUUUUUUGUUACUUUUCGCAGAAAAUAUGAAUGAUAAAAUAUGGUUAGUAGUUGUGUGAAGACAUUUAUUGAAAAAAAUAUAUAUUUUGUAAAUUUGGCAUUUUUUUUACUGGCCUUCAACACAUUCUAAAAAAUUUUUUUUAAUUAUAUUAAGUAAAAAAAACAAGGACAAUUAAUAAAACAACAGCAAAAAAUUAAAAUAAUAAAAAAAAAACAUAAUCUUUUUUUAGGCCUCAACAUUCUAAAAAAUAAAUCAGAUUUUUUUGUUCCUUUUCGCAGAAAAUAUGAAUGAUAAAACAUGGUUAGUGGUUGUUUUAGUGGUUGUUUCCAGGGCUGCACGGUGGGGGAAUGUUUAGCACGCAGGCCUUACAGCUAGGAGACCCAAGUUCGAUUCCACCCUCAGAUAUCUCUGUGUGGAGUUUCCAUGUUCUCGCUGUGCAUGCGUGGGUUUUCUCCUGGGUACUGGGUAAUCAAUGAAUGAAAAUAAAUAUGAUUUAAUUCAAUCGAAUAAAACCAAAAUAAACUAAAAUAAGCUAAAAAUAAACUAUGAAAAAUGAACUGUUAUUAUUCAUAUUUUCUGAGAAAAAAACUAAAAAAAAAUCUUAAAUUCUGCAGAGCGAGGGUGUAAAUAUCUGGUCCCAACUGUAUACUGUAUAUACAUAACAGCCAUUGACAAACCAAUGUGUUCCUUUUACUGUUUCUUUUGAAUGCUCAUUCUGAUAAAACUGCAUUUUUUUUUAUAUCUGGCGGCGGGGACAGAUGAGACAAUUUGCCAGUUUUUUUUUUUCCCCUUCCCUGGAAGACAAAUGGAAAUUUGUGACCUGUCAGUCUCCCAUGGUGCUCACUGUUUGACUGACUUUGAUGAUGUGUACUUUAUACUUUAUCCAAAGGUAGUAGAUACUGUACAGUAUUACUGCUUAGACGCCUCCCAGUGGUUUAUCAUGUGUAUUAUAUCGUGUGCUUUCAAGCUAACGUAUGAGUAUUUUGUACCUUUUUUAAUGUCUCGUUAAGCCUGAGUGUUUUUUUUUUUUUUAAUUUUUCAUGUUUUUCGGCACUUUGAUGGAUUAUAAAUUCACAGAAAUAAGCUACAUAACAGGAUUUCUUCCAUAAAAUGGAUUUUCUUCCAAGUGUUUGUAUCAGCAAUAAAGACAAAAGAAGAAAUGCAGUAUAUUGUCACACAAUUAAAACAAAACACUGAGAAUUUCACAACUUUUUUUUUCUCUUUUCUGUACGACACUCCACAAAAAAAAUAAGCAAACUAUUUUAUUCUGGGUUUUUUUUUUCGCUAUACACAUUUUUUUAAUGAAUACUUACAACAAAUGGUUUAAUGUUAAAAAUGUCAGCCACAGACUUCCGCUAUUUGAAGCGGAUGUUGACAGAAAUACUCACAUGCACGUGCACCUUCUCACGCGCACAUACACACACACACACUGUACAUACAUUAUACAUUAUUAUCUGCGGUCGAACCUAUUAAGAUGCAAAAACAAAGACUGGGGCUGCUAGUGAAGGAAAAAAAACGUUUUUCUUUAUAAGAACCAUAAUAACAUUGUGCUAAUCAUUUUUAAAAAUGUGUAAUUUAGUUCAAAUGCUUGCUAAUUACGCUGAAGC